GACAUAUUUUAAAAACAUGUUGACUAAAUGAGGUUAGUUUUCUAAUAGUUCCCAUUCACAACAAUAAUUUCAUAUGGAAAAGAGUGUACAAUAAAUUCAUUAUUAUAUAUAAAUGACAUACAAGAAAAGAUACAUAGUGAAACAUUAUAAAUAUAAGUCUGCUCUCCUAUUUUUGGCUGUUUUCGCCAUCGUAAAAGCUGAACCGGAGGCCAAUCCCAGUGGAAGAGCAGUGGCGAGGUACGUGCAUUACCACGAGGAGCCAGUGUCCCGGUAUGUCUACACCAGGCAUUACCACGAGCCAGCGCAUGACCAUGUACAUGUCGUCAAGUACCAGGCUGUGCCUCAUGUCCAUGAGGCAUAUGUCAGCCACCAUCACGACCACAUUGUCGACUACCAUCAUCAUCACUGAUUAAUUGACUAGGUACUUCAAUCAUCAACAAUCAGUUCAAAAGCAUUCCUUCAACUGGUGAAAUGCAAUCAUGUUUCGUUUCAUAUAUUAUUCAUACGGUACAUAGCAAUUAUUUUUUUAUUAAAAUUGAGUUCAAUUCUAAUUUCUUUAUAUUUGUAAAUGACUUCAAAUUAAAAAUACAUAGAUUUGUUUUAUAAUAUAUU